AUGCGAUCGUCUGGUGUCCUCGUGUGGGCGCGCAUCGCCGUCGCGCUCGCCUGCGAGGGCGGCGCGAGCGUCCUCGGCGCCGGGCUGGCGAGAUACGACGGCAAAGACUACAGCGACAGCGCGCAGCUUUGCGAUCGUGCAGGCGCCCCGGAUCCGACGUCCCCGUGGAAGAACGCGACCCUUUUCGGGGCCAUCACGCAAGACUUUCCCUUUGCGCACGGGAGCGCGCCGGACGAUGACGCCCUCCACGGCUCGGAGGAAGCCCGCAUACGCUACGGAACGAAUCUCAAAUCGGAAGACGGCCUCUGGGAGGUCCGCCCCUCGCCCGGGAAGGGCCUCGGCGUCUUCGCCCUCCGCAGAAUCCCCGCGGGCACCCGCAUCAUCGACGAGAGCCCGCUCUUCACGAUCGACCCGGGCCGGCUCAUCCGGGGCCAGGGCUUCGCUUUUGCCACCAUCGCCGCGGCCGUCGACGAGGCGUUCGCGGGUCUAGACGCCACGGCGCGCGCCGCGUUCUUCUCAUGUCCGGAGAACCGCGACCCGCACGACGAGGCCGAGGCCGAGUGGAGCCGCGAGGCGCUCAUCUUCCGCACCAACGGGUUCACCAUGGCCGGCGGCGCAGUGGGGAUCUUCCCGCGCAUCGCGAAGCUGAACCACUCGUGCCGGCCCAACGCCGGCUCCGCGUCCGUUGGAGACGGCAGCAGCGGCAGCGGCAGCGGUAAGGGAGACGGAGGCGCGAGGAGGGUCAUCUACGCCGGGCGCGACAUUGCCGCGGGCGAGGAAGUGACAAUCACGUACGCGCCGCUCUUGCAGCCGACGGAGACGCGGAGGGCGCGGCUCGCGCAGUGGGGCUUCACUUGCGACUGCGCGGCGUGCACGGCGCGGGACGACGACGAGCAGAGGGCCGAGAUGAGGCGGCUGAUGGAUAUCAUCAAAGCGGAGCUCGGGCAGGACGACUUCGGCAUGGACGUGCUGCCGGACGCGGAGAGGCUGGCGCGGCUCGUCGAGGAGGUCGGGCUGGUGGACUACCUCGGCCAGGCGUACAAGUACGCGGCGUAUGCGGCGUCGCGCUCCGGGAAGUUCGGGGCGGCGAGGAGGUGGGCGAGGAAGGAGCUGGCGAUACACGAGAUGGCGGACUCCGAGUCGCGCCCCUUUGUACUAGAUCCAAUUGCAGGAACCUCCUCCCCUGCAGCGAUGACGUCAAUAGCGUCCGACUCCGUGGCCACGAUUCUCUGCACUAGCAAGCAGACGCGCUUCAAUAUACAGACCGCAGACCAUCGCGAGCUGGACAUUGACGGCCUCAACAUCACUGUCGCGUCGGCCGGGAAGUCCGGCGCAAAGGCCAAGUCCAAGGCCCGGAGUGACGGCACUGAGAUACUCGUUGACGCCAAGCUGCGCCUAAAGGCCGGCCAGCGGUACGCGCUUAUCGGGAGAAAUGGCUCUGGGAAGUCGACACUCCUCAAGGCCAUCGCCGAAAAGUUGAUCCCAGGUAUCCCCGAGGAGACUCGGGUGUCCCUUCUUCAGCAGACCAACGUCAGCGAUGCCGAUUCAGACACGCGCCCCGGUGAUGGCGUGGCCGACACGGGUGAAUCUAGCCGCGGCCACAGUGUUCUGGAGCAUGUAAUCGAGCAGGCGACUGCCAAGUCAGACGUCGAGCAGGAAAUCAGAGCCUUGUCCGAAGGCAUCAACAGCAGCGACCCGUACGGCCCCGUGCACGCAGUUCGCGCUCUUCGUCACGAUAGAAACCAGAAGCGUCUCUUCCGAGAGGACAAGAACGCGAGGCUGCGCAGCGGAGAUCGGGGUCUAGCGGCCAGAAAAGUGCUCAAAGCAUUUGAAAAGACGGUUGCCGAGUCACAGAAACUGCAGGGUGAGAUUUCAGCCGAGGCUCUCAAAAAUGAGACUCAAGAGGCAUUGGACAUGCUGGCGGAUCUCCAAUUACAGGUCGAGCCCUCCAGAGUGGCCGAGAUCGAGAGCAAAGCUAAGCGUAUCUUGACUGGUCUCGGAUUCUCCGAGGCCUAUAUGUCGAAACCGGUAUCCAGCCUCUCUGGUGGGUGGAGGAUGCGAACAGCGCUAUCCGUAUCGUUGCUCCAAGAGACUGACGUCCUCAUCCUGGACGAGCCUACCAACUUCCUCGAUCUACUGGGCAUCAUCUGGCUUCAGCGCCAUCUCGAAUCCCUCCAAGACGCGGAUGGUGCUCCGACGCUGAUCCUCGUGUCCCAUGAUAGAGACUUCAUCACUCUCUGCACCGACCUUCUCAUACUCAAGGAAAAGGGGCUUACCUACUUCCACGGCGACCUGCCAACUUACGAGGCGUCGCAGUCGGAGCGCAAACUCUGGCUAACCAAGAUGAAGGACGCCCAGGACAAGCAGAAGGCGCAUAUCCAGCAGAGCAUUUCCAACAACAUGAAGGCCGGAAAAGCCAACGACGACCAGAACAAGCUUCGACAAGCCAAGUCCCGUCAAAAGAAACUCGACGAUCGCUGGGGCCUCCAGGUUAGCGCCAAGGGCGGUCGGUUCAAGUUGAACCGCGAUCUCGUCGGCUACCACUUGACGGCCCGUGACGAAAUCGAUGUCCCGCAGGAUGAGCGACCGGUGAGCUUUGCCUUGCCGGAGCCCCCAGAUCUCCGAUUCCCCGGGCCUCUCAUAUCGGUGGAGAACGCGACGUUUCGUUACCCCGUCAAGACAAAGACAAAGACGGCGGCACCGAUUGUGUUACAGGCCAUCAACCUUUCGGUUCAUAUGGGCGACCGUAUUGGCAUCCUUGGUUUGAACGGCGCGGGCAAAUCGACGCUUGUGAAACUUCUCGUAGAAGAGGCGAAGCCCACGACCGGGACGGUGACGACCCAUCCCCGGCUGAAGCUGGGAUACUAUUCUCAGCAUGCAGUCGAAUCUCUGCAAGAAAAAGGCCGGGCCGAUCCCUCCAUGACGGCCUUGUCGUUGCUCACGGAAGAAGUGGCCGGGGAGCUGGAUGAAGGGCAACUUCGCGGCGUCCUCGGCAGCCUCGGCCUGCCUGGCCGGAUUGCUUCCGACGUGCCCCUCGGGAAGUUAUCUGGCGGCCAGCUGGUGCGAUGCGAGCUUGCGCGCCUUCUGUGGCGGAGACCGCACUGUCUCAUUCUCGAUGAGGUGACGACUCAUCUUGACUACGAGACUGUCACGGCCAUACGGGAAUCGCUCCGCGACUGGGAAGGGGCGGUGAUUCUCGUCAGCCACGACCGAUGGUUCAUGCGCGGGGCUGUCGAAGGGUUGGUGGAGGACUCUGACAGCGAGGAGGGGGACGACGAGGAAGAUGCGGUGCCCAGGCGGCGGCUUGUGUAUAAACUGAGGGCGGGGGUGCUCACGCGGUUGGAGGGCGGGGUGACCGAGUUUGAGGAGGGUGUUGCGAAGAGAGUGAACAGGCUGCUCAACAUGUAG